AUGAGGCACAGUGGGGACAUGACUCGCUCCAAGUCAUCCAGCUGCAACGGCAUCUCCGGCCAACUUGAAAGGCGAUGCCCAUCUUCCUCCAAAACCUGUGUUCUUUCCUCGAUGCCCUGGUCUCAGAUUACUGGGAAUAGACUCCUGAAGAACCAGGAAGACGCUCCCAAAGAAAGCAAUGAGUGGUCCCCCGUGAUCCUCCCUCCAGCAUGGCCACCCCACACUCUGCAAGCUCUUCCAUUUCUAUCUUAUCAGUUCCCAGGACAGAGCAUGUCAACAUCAGAAUCAGAUCCUAAAAGGGGGCUUACAUAA